UAAUUUCGUCAUCGCGGCCGGACAUAUAUUCUACUUUCGAUUAUUUGCACUGAAAAGAGGGUUUUCUUUCUAGGGUUUAUACUCAACCUCGUAUUUUCCAUGGAUAAAUUCGAUAGGCAUAGAGGCGGGGAUAGAUACGGCAACGGUGGCGAAGAAACACGCCAUUACAAUUCUAGCGGCCGGCUGUCUCGGGACGGCGGAUCUCCGUUCCGCCACCAUCGGCAGGAUGACUUUCGAGAUGGCGGAGGAGGACGCAACAGUCCUCACAAUAACCGAGGAGGGUUCUCAGGCGGCGGUGGUGGGAGGGAAAGUCAGAGGGCGUUUGAUAGUCCUCCGCAGACCUGCCUUCCGCCGCUUGGUGGCGUCGGAGGCGUCGGAGGAGGGGGUUUGAGGCCGAUUGGUGCUGGAAUUGGAGGGUUUCAGCCGAUGAUUGAUGGACCAAUAGGUGGCGGUGGUGGAAGAGGGUUUGAACCAAUUGGAGGAGGCGGCAGGGAAGGAUUUCGGCCGAAAGCUGGCGGCGUGGAGUUUCCACGGGUGGGUGGCGGAAGCAUUGAUGGGGGAGGUUUUCAACCCAUGGAUGGUCCUAGCAGUUAUGGCAGAGGGUUUCGGCCCAUGGGUGGUCCUGGCGGUGAUGGUGGAGGGUUUCGGCCUAUGGGUGUUCCUGGCAGUGAUGGUGGAGGGUUCCGGCCUAUGCGUGGCAAUGAUGGUGGGAGGUUUGAUUUGGAUGAGUACCACGGGCAGCCGACCCCUCUUACGGGCCAGAAGCGAGGGUAUCCUUUUUCUGGAAGAGAAAGAUCUCCAGUUGCUCUGAUCAAGGAUAAGAGGACUGGACUGCAACAAGGUCUGGGGGGUCUGAAGGAAGCCACUAUAGGCUUAGUGUGGAUAUUGGAUGUCGUGUUUUGUGUUUCUAAGGGUGAUGUUGUUAAAGAAUGUUGUCUUUUGCGGAAGAGGGGAUGCUGUUUCAUUAAGUAUGCUACUUCUGAAGAGGCUGAUAGGGCCAUUAGGGCUCUGCAUAAUCAAUAUACAUUACCUGGGGCUAUGGGUCCUAUCCAAGUCAGAUAUGCUGAUGGAGAGCGAGAACGUCUUGGCACAACGGAGUUCAAGUUGUUUGUGGGGUCAUUGAAUAAACAAGCUACUGUGAAGGAAGUUGAAGAAAUUUUCUCUCCUUAUGGUAGAGUUGAAGAUGUUUACCUGAUGCGAGAUGAAAUGAAGCAGAGCCGUGGAUGCGGAUUUGUUAAAUUUUCUCAGAGAGAUAUGGCACAAGCAGCCAUUAAUGCGCUUAAUGGAACAUACACCAUGAGUGGCUGUGACCAGCCAUUAACGGUUAGAUUUGCUGAUCCUAAGAGACCUAGAGCUGGGGAUUCCAGAAGUGGUUCUUCUUUUGGUGGACCUGCUUUUGGCCCUCGUUUUUCAUCUCCUGCAAUCAGGUAUUUCCUUAGACCACCUCUCCAGUCACAGCAGAAUAUGCCACCACCGCCUGCACAAGUACAGACUUCAAGUUCAGCUUCUUUUUCAAGCCUUCAAAGUUUACAGGGAUCAUACAUUCAACCCGGACAAAUGCAGGCCCCUCAGCAGUUGCCUGGACAGAACAGUCAAUUCUCUGUUCCCCUGACCCAAGGGCAGCGUAAUGCACCAGCUGCACCUGGACAGGUACAUGUCCAGGUGAACCAACAAUUGCCAACCACCCAGCAGCUCGAGUCUCCAUCACAUUUGGCCCAGAUGCUGUCACAACAGAAGCAUAAUCUGCAAGCGACGUUUCAAUCAUCACAACAAGCCUUCAACCAGCUACAACAUCAGGUGCAGCAACUACAGCCGGCAAACCAGAAUACAGCGGCUCAUCAGACUCCUUGGUCUGGUACUUUGCCCCAGCCAGUUGCAAACGCCUCAGUUUUCCAGCCAGCUGGAAAUGUAACUGCAACCACACCUGCCAUGGCUACUAACCAAGACAUCCCUACAGUUAGUUGUAACUGGACAGAGCACACAUCUCCUGAUGGUUUCAAGUACUACUAUAACAGCCUGACUGGUGAAAGCAAGUGGGAAAAACCUGAAGAGCUGACACUAUAUGAGCAGCAGCAGCAACAGAAGCCACCUAUCCAACAUCAUCAAGUACAGGCUUCUCAAAUGCAAGUACAGCUUCAAGGUCAAUACGGGCAGCUUCAAAACCAGCCCAAGCCAUUACAGCAAGCUACUCGAACCUUGGUUACUGGGUUUUCGGCCACUCUGGACAGUAAGAAUCAGGAACAUGGGUAUGGUCAAAUACCUGCAGAGACCGGUCAAGUAACCAACCCCACACGAAACCAACAGGGUGUUCAGGCUUCGCAGGAAUGGAUGUGGAAGAAUAAAAAUUGAGAUAAGUGCUUGGUGCAAGUAGAAGAUGAUUACAUUUUCGGACAAAGAGGAAACAGAGUAUUGGACAAGAAAUGGAACAACAUAAGUUCAUGAAGUGAACAAAACCCCUUGGGACACUUCUGGUUGAGGGCCUGUGAGAUUCUGAGGCAGCCUAUGUUCAGAUAAAUACGUGUGAGCCGGUUACUCACAUUACAAUUACAUGUUAAAAUGUCUUAAAAUGCGUAUUCUGAGAGUUUCAUGGAGGGGUGUUGUAACGGGUUGUAUUAUAACUUAACCUGUGGUUCUGGAUUUACUUUUCGAGAGUAGCCAUUAGAAUUUAUUUAUAUAUUUAUACACAUAUUAGUUUAACUUAAUGUUAUGGUUAGGUUACAAACCUUUAGCAGCCUUUGUGGGUUAUGAAACCUACUUUUGAGCAAUUCAAAGGAUUUUGUUCUUUUCUGGUUAGCUGCUAUA